AUGAGUGAAGUGUUUGGCGCUCUGCAGGAGUUUGCGUCCAAUUUCCAGCUAUACGACGCAACCUUCGAGCGGAAGGCUAUGGAUACCAACGUUGCGUUUGCAACGCCUUCAGAUCCGCGGUUACCUAUGAGGCGGCGCUUUGAUGCACGACAGGAACUGGUUAUUGUCGAAGUUGGUGACACGAGCGAGAAGUUUACGGUUCAUCAUCCUGUGCUGUGCAAGUCGUCGCGGUUUCUCGAGGCAAAACUCAAGCCUCAAUGGUCGCCACACAAUGCCAACGACUGCAAGGCAUGCCUUAUCCUCUUGCCAGAGCAGGACCCGGAAGCCUUUAACCUCUACGUGAACUGGCUAUACAUGGCUGGCUUGCCACUCGCCGACCCUUCGAACGAUGACGAUGAAGCCCAUUACGAAGACUGGCUACAGCUGGCUGCCGCAUACGUUCUGGGCGAGGCGCUUAUAGACCCCCUGUUCCAGCAUGAUGUUCUGGAUGCCAUGAGAGCCAAGCUGCUCUCACGUAAGGGCGAGACCAUUCACAUUGUUGUUGCCGAUAUGGUUUGGCUUAUAUGCGAUGGCACGCUUGAAGAUUCGCCCGCGAGAAGGUUUCUGGUUGACGUCUUUCUGUGCGGUUCGCCUAAUAACAGGUUAAGCCCUGUCGUGCUCGCGAACGACUUGCCGACGAACUUCGUCCACGAGGUAAAGUGCGCGCAGGCGAGAACUGGCGAGAGGGCGUUCUUUGAUGUGAUGAAGACAAUGCCGAAACCAGCUUGGACGAAUGCAAGUAUCCCCUUCUUGCUUUGA